CUCUGCGCAGCUCCCACUGCAGUCGCAGGCAGCCUCCCUCCUCUCCGUUCUGUCCUCAUUUCUCUCUCUCACACACGAUGCGGCUCCGCGGCAGCCUGGGCUCUCACUCUCCUCUCUCAUCACCGAAGGAGUAAUGAAGAGGACCACCAUGUAGACCGAAUGCAGACAUUGACAGACUGCAGACGGAUAUAGAAGGUAGAAGAAGCAGAAUGGGAACAUGCAUCUGGAGCGGCUCCCGAUUGACCCACAGUAACAGAAGACCAGAAGAGAUCGUUAUUCUCCUGUGGACGUACGUCGCUCCUCUCGCUGCUGGUCUCACUGGUCUAGCUGGCUUCCUUUAGUGUUCUCUGGAUGGUCGUACGGUCUUCUCUCCACACUGUCGCUGACUGAGGGAUCUCAGCCUGUCUCUGUGUCUCAAAGUGACAACAGGAUUUAGCUCUCCCUCUGUCUGUCGGUGGGCGCUGCAGCAUCUGUCUCUCUCUCUUAUCGUGUGGUAUUGCCGGACGCAGUGGCAUUCACCCCUCUUCCUCUCUUCAUUUCGAGAAUCCCUCUCUCUCUCUCAACCCACACAACCCCCUCGUAAAAGCUGAGGUUUGUACUCCUUCUUCGUCGAGUUACUGAGCAAUACUAGCUAGUCAGUCAUCAUGGGGGACCUGACCAACAGUGAUUAUUACUCCAAGAACCAAAGAAACGAUGUCAGCAGUAACCACGAGGGGGGCUUUGGGGUCUCGGUCAUGGAGCUGCGUGAACUCAUGGAGCUGAGAGGCAGCGAGGCGGUGGUUAAGAUCCAGGAGGAGUACGGGGACAUGGACGGGCUCUGUCAACGGCUCAGAACAUCACCCACAGAAGGCUUAACAGGAGAUGCAACCGACCUAGAUAAGAGGAAAGAAGUGUAUGGGGAAAACCUAAUACCUCCGAAGAAGCCAAAGACCUUCCUCCAGUUAGUAUGGGAGGCCCUGCAGGACGUGACUCUGAUCAUCUUGGAGGUGGCUGCCCUGAUCUCUCUGGGACUGUCCUUCUAUCAGCCUCCGGGAGGGGACAGCGGAGAAUCCUGUGGGACAGCGGCGGCGGGUGCGGAGGAUGAGGGUGAGGCCGAGGCUGGCUGGAUAGAGGGAGCAGCUAUCUUGCUGUCUGUCGUGUGUGUGGUUCUGGUGACGGCCUUCAACGACUGGAGCAAGGAGAAGCAGUUCAGAGGGCUGCAGAGCCGCAUCGAGCAGGAGCAGAAGUUCCAGGUGGUCCGAGGUGCUCAGGUCAUCCAGCUCCCGGUCGCUGACAUCGUGGUCGGGGACAUCGCACAAAUCAAGUAUGGUGACCUGCUUCCAACGGAUGGAGUGUUGAUACAGGGGAACGACCUGAAGAUAGACGAGAGUUCGCUAACAGGAGAGUCUGAUCACGUCAAAAAAGCAGCCGACAGAGACCCGAUGCUGCUGUCUGGUACCCAUGUGAUGGAGGGUUCCGGCAGGAUGCUGGUAACAGCUGUAGGGGUCAACUCUCAGACCGGCAUCAUCUUUACUCUGCUGGGGGCCGGAGAGCCAGGGGAGGAGGAGAAGAAGGAGAAGAAAGGUAAAAUACAGGAUGACAAUAUGGAGAACAACCAGACUAAAGUGAAGAAACAGGACGGAGCGGCUGCUAUGGAGAUGCAGCCUUUGAAGAGCGCCGAGGGAGGAGAGAUGGAGGAGAAGGAGGAGAAGAAGAAAGCAAACGUCUCCAAGAAGGAGAAGUCUGUCCUCCAGGGGAAACUGACCAAGCUGGCUGUUCAGAUUGGCAAAGCAGGUCUGGUGAUGUCAGCCAUCACAGUGAUCAUCCUGGUGCUGUACUUUGCUGUGGACAACUUUGUCCUGCAGAAGAGGCCGUGGCUGACGGAGUGUACCCCCAUCUACGUCCAGUACUUUGUCAAGUUCUUCAUCAUCGGUGUCACCGUGCUGGUGGUGGCUGUACCCGAGGGGCUGCCCCUGGCCGUCACCAUCUCCCUGGCCUACUCUGUCAAGAAAAUGAUGAAAGAUAAUAACCUGGUUCGCCACCUGGAUGCGUGUGAGACGAUGGGUAACGCCACGGCCAUCUGCUCCGACAAGACCGGCACGUUGACCACCAACCGCAUGACUGCCGUGGCGUGCUACGUGGGGGAUGUCCACUACAAGGAGAUACCAGAGCCUGGACUUCUGUCUGUUAAGUCUCUGGACAUCCUUGUCAACGCCAUCUCCCUCAACAGCGCGUACACCACCAAGAUACUGCCUGCCACCAAGGAGGGUGGUCUGCCCAUGCAGGUGGGCAACAAGACAGAGUGUGGCCUGCUUGGCCUGGUGCUGGACCUUAAGAGAGACUACCAACCCGUCCGCAACCAGAUCCCAGAGGAGAAACUCUACAAGGUGUACACCUUCAACUCGGUCAGGAAGUCCAUGUCCACGGUCAUCAAACUACCAGACGGCUCCUUCAGGAUGUACAGCAAAGGAGCCUCCGAGAUCGUCCUCAAGAAGUGCACUAAGAUCCUGAACCAGGAAGGCGAGCCGCGGGUGUUCCGUCCCCGGGACAAGGACGAGAUGGUGAAGAAGGUGAUCGAGCCUAUGGCGUGUGACGGGCUGCGGACUAUCUGCGUGGCGUACCGUGACUUCCCUGCCGACCCAGAACCCCUCUGGGACAACGAGAACGACAUCCUCAAUGAGCUGACGGCUGUCUGCGUGGUCGGCAUAGAGGACCCUGUCAGACCAGAGGUGCCUUCUGCUAUUGUGCGGUGCCAGCGUGCGGGCAUCACGGUGCGCAUGGUGACAGGUGACAACAUCAACACGGCCAGGGCCAUCGCCAUCAAGUGUGGCAUCAUCCACCCCGGAGAAGACUUCCUGUGUAUCGACGGCAAGGAGUUCAACAGGAGGAUCCGCAACGAGAAGGGAGAGGUUGAGCAGGAGCGCAUGGACAAGGUGUGGCCUAAACUGCGAGUCCUGGCUAGAUCCUCCCCUACUGAUAAACACACUCUGGUUAAAGGCAUCAUAGACAGCUGCUUGACAGACCAGAGACAGGUUGUUGCGGUGACAGGAGACGGGACUAACGAUGGACCAGCCCUGAAGAAGGCUGACGUGGGAUUUGCCAUGGGUAUAGCCGGUACAGACGUGGCCAAGGAAGCGUCUGACAUCAUAUUAACGGACGAUAACUUCAGUAGCAUAGUGAAGGCUGUGAUGUGGGGGAGGAACGUCUACGACAGCAUCUCCAAGUUCCUCCAGUUCCAGCUGACUGUCAACGUGGUGGCUGUCAUAGUGGCCUUCACUGGGGCCUGCAUCACACAGGAUUCUCCCCUGAAGGCGGUCCAGAUGCUGUGGGUGAACUUGAUAAUGGACACCUUUGCGUCCCUGGCCCUGGCGACGGAGCCCCCCACCGAGGCCCUGCUGAUGAGGAAGCCGUACGGACGCAACAAACCGCUGAUCUCCAGCACCAUGACCAAGAACAUCCUGGGACACGGCAUCUAUCAGCUGGUCAUCAUCUUCUCCCUGCUGUUCGUCGGUGAGCAGAUAUUUGACAUAGACAGCGGUCGUCACGCUCCACUCCACUCCCCUCCGUCAGAACACUACACCAUCAUUUUCAACACCUUCGUCCUCAUGCAGCUUUUCAACGAGAUCAACGCCAGGAAGAUCCACGGAGAGAGGAACGUCUUCGACGGAAUCUUCAGGAACCCCAUCUUCUGUUCCAUCGUCUUUGGAACAUUCGCCAUCCAGGUGAUCGCCACUAUCCCUAACAGCAAGCUGCGGUUCCUGCGAGGGGCGGGUCAGCUGACCAAGAAGAACGAAAUGCCUGGGGACGAGGACAUGAAUGAGGACAACGAGGAGAUCGACCACGCGGAGAGAGAGCUGCGACGCGGUCAGGUCCUCUGGUUCAGGGGGCUCAACCGCAUUCAGACUCAGAUUCGCGUCGUGAACGCAUUCCGUAGCUCCCUCUACGAAGGCCUUGAGAAACCAGACUCUAGACCGUCCAUCCAUAACUUCAUGACCCACCCAGAGUUUAGGAUAGAAGACACCACGCCUCACAUCCCCCUGAUAGACGACACUGACCUGGAAGAGGACCCUGCGUUGAGGAUGAUCCCUCAGUCCCAGACAGGCAGCCAGCCCCAGUCCCCCAACAAGAACAACAACGCCGUCGACAGCGGCAUCAACCUCACCAUCGACACCACCAGUAAAUCAGCUGCAUCCUCCGGCCCAGCCAGCCCACUGCACAGUCUGGAGACCUCCCUCUAGUGGCCUGCAGCUGGCUGGUGACGACCUCAUCUGCAACCUUGAAGACACCAGCCCACUGCAGCCCUUGGAGACCUCUAGCAACACCUUCUGACAGCCUGGCUGGUGGAGACCUCCGUCUGCAAUCUGGAGACCUCCUUCACUGCCAUUUGGAGACCUUUCCCUACUGCAAUAUAGAGCUUUCUAUACUGCAAUAUAGAGACCUUUCUCUACUGCAAUAUAGAGACCUUUCUUUAUUGCAAUAUAGAGAGCUUUCUCUACUGCAAUAUAGAGACCUUCCUCUACUGCAAUAUAGAGAUCUUUCCCUACUGCAAUAUAGAGAGCUUUCUCUACUGCAAUAUAGAGAGCUUUCUCUACUGCAAUAUAGAGAGCUUUCUCUUGAGGCCUGGUUGAGAUAUCUACUGCAGCCUGGUGGCUCUACUGCAGCCUGGUAGAGAAAGGUGUCUA